UUCAUUUUCUAUUGUUCCAUAAAAAAUAGAGUAAUUCCCACUAAAACGACUAUAAAACCAGCUGCAUGAAUGCUUCGAAAUUAUGGUAACUUGUUAAAGAGGCAAAAACAUUCAAUUUUUGCGAAAAUGUCUUCAGGAGGUACAAUUACAAACUGGGCUGGCCAAGAUGGUGAAUUUCGACGACAGGUUUCAUCCUUUCGUGAGUCCGUUUCAAAAGAACAUCCUGUGUUUCAACCAGAAAUAGGCCGUUAUCAUUUAUACGUGAGUUUGGCUUGUCCUUGGGCGCACCGUACUCUAAUUGUUCGCAAACUUAAAGGACUAGAAGAAGCUUUGCCCGUACAUAUUGUGGGAUGGUUGAUGGGACCUAAUGGCUGGGAUUUUGAGACGGACCAUGGAAGCACUGGAGAACCACUUUAUAAAAGUCCAUUUCUAAGGAACUUAUAUUUCCGCGCUGAUCCUAAUUACAAUGCACGUUUCACUGUGCCUGUAUUUUGGGAUGUCAAACACCAUACAAUUGUAAACAAUGAAAGUUCAGAGAUCAUCCGGUUUCUAAACUACGAAUUCAAUGACUUGAUUACCGACCAGAAAAAGAAGGAGGUAGAUCUGUAUCCAAAAGACCUCCGUUCUGAAAUUGACAAAUGGAAUGACUAUUUUUAUAACACACUAAACAACGGAGUGUACAAAUCAGGAUUUGCUACCACCGCAGAAGCAUAUGAAAGGAAUGUAAAGGUGGUUUUUGAAGCCUUGGACAAAAUGGAGGACUUGCUGAAGCAGACUCGAGGACCAUACGUUUUGGGGGAUCGCUUAACAGAAACCGACGUGCGUUUGUACACCACGAUAAUUCGUUUUGACCCAGUUUAUGUACAACAUUUCAAGUGCAAUAUUGGUACCAUUCGCCACGACUAUCCACACAUCCAUACUUGGUUGCGUAACCUUUAUUGGCGUCAUCCAGCAUUUUUUGAGACUACCGACUUUGACCAUAUCAAGUGGCAUUAUACUCGUAGCCAUACUCAAAUCAACCCACUCCGCAUUACUCCAUUAGGCCCUUUGCCUCCAAUUGAGCCUUUGUAAAGAAAGGAAGCUGGAUUUGCCAGUAUAAAUAAAAUCUAUGAUCCUUAAGUCAAGCUUUCCACAUAAGGAAUUUAGUAGCUUGUUUAUUCAUAGAAAUUAGAAAGAAAGCAAACAUAACUCAAAGUGAUCUAAUGAAAAGGUACAUAACCAUGUUACAAUUCUUACUAAUUAAUCAUACAAUUCCCAGGAACAACAACCAAGGAUUCGAUGCCUUGCAUGAUUCGAGAAUUCAGCAGAUCCGACAGUAAUGUAAAAUUCACAUAGAAUAAACCUCUUUGCAAAGCAAAAAUUAGCAGCAUAAACUGAAUCAAAAAUAGCAUAGCAAACGAAGCAUUUUAAUAUUCAUAUA